AAUUUCAUAAUAAUGGCUGUAUCAUCCUAUUCAUCUUCGUUGUCCUGGUCGGACUUACUCCCGGAGCUUAUAGAAUAUGUAUUCCACAGCUUAAACGAUGCUAAAGACAUCCUUAGUUGUGCCACCGUCUGCUCUUCUUGGAGAUAUUCUUCUUCCUCCGUGUACAGUCGCAAGUUUGUUCCAUUUCUCUUCGUUUCCCAUCCCUCCUCUGCCGAUGAAGAAGCUCAAUCCUCUGAUGGAUUUAGAAUCAUAUCUCCGGAAAAUAUCAUUUUCUCCGGUAAUGAUCAGAGAUGGAUUUGCGGAAGCACAGGAGAGUAUCUGUUAACCGUCAAUGUUUCUUUCCCGUUUGAAGUAAACUUACAGGACCCGUUUACCAACAACGUAGUUUCCCUACCACCAUUAGCAUCUUUCGAUGACAUUCAGCGGUUGCUUCAGUUCCAAGCCAUCUCUGGAGCCCUAACCCUAAUAAAGAACUUUAUAAAGAAAGCAGCCUCUUCGACAAGUUUACUAGACCCUGAUUGGGUUGUGCUCAUAAUCUACGACUCCGAUGGAGGAAAACUAGCCUUCUGCAGACGCGGAGAUAAACAAUGGACGGGUUUGGAGUCUGAUCACGUUGAUGACAUUGUGUUCUGUAGUGGCGUUUUCUUUGCCAUGGACAGAACUGGAAGGAUAUAUCAGUGCGAACUUAGCCCUAGCGAUCCAAAAGCUGUCCCUAUAUGCACCGCCUCGCCGUUUCGAUACGACCCUUGCAAGAAAUACUUUGCAGAGUCGGAUUACAACAAACUGUGGGUGGUUCUACAGAAGCUAGACCUUAGCGACGAUUAUGACUUCUCAACGUAUUUCGAGAUUUACGAGUUCAACUCAGAGACGCAGGAGUGGACUAUGGUGAGAAGCUUGAGAGGAAGAGCUUUGUUCUUGAGCCCUCGAGGUAGAUGUAUAGCUGUUUCAGCAGGUGAAACAGGAUCUAGAGGGUUCAUCAAGGACAACUCCGUUUACUUCAUCGAUGGAAGUCUAAGCGUUUUUGAAUGGGAGAGUAAGCAAAUCAAGAAGGUUUGCGAGUCGAGAUUUUGUAAUUAUAUGUUUUGGGUCACACCUGCAGAUGUUUUUCAAAAAAAGUGAAAAAGACUAAAAUUAAAUGUAUCUUAGGGUUCAUAGUUUUUGUAGUUUUAUAUUUCUGUUCAAGUUGUGAUUCUCGUAUAAACAUGACAAUUGUCGCAAUAGAUUCCGUAAGGGUUGUUGUGUACCAAAAAUUAAAGU